CAGCACAGCCUAACCCAGCSCAGCACAGCCUAACCCAGCACAGGCCAGCCCGGGACAGGCCAGCCCAGCCGUGCCGAGCCCGCCAUGGCCAUCGCGCACAUCGCCACCGAGUACGUGUUCUCCGACUUCCUGCUGAAGGAGCCGCCGGAGACGCGCUACAAGGGGCUGCGGCUGGAGCUGGCGCUCGACAAGAUCGUCACCUGCAUCGCCGUGGGGCUGCCGCUGCUCCUCAUCUCCCUCGCCUUCGCCCAGGAGGUCUCCAUCGGUGCUCAGAUAAGCUGUUUUGCACCCAGCUCUUUCUCCUGGCGACAAGCUGCUUAUGUGGACUCCUACUGCUGGGCAGCUGUGCAGCAGAAGCAACCAUCCCACAAUAACUUAGAAAACAUACCCCUGUGGCUGCAUAAAUUUUUCCCAUACAUCCUUCUGCUCGUUGCUAUCCUGCUGUACCUACCAUGUUUGUUCUGGCGCUUCACUGCAGCACCUCACCUUUCCUCAGACCUGAAAUUUAUUAUGGAAGAACUCGACAAAGCUUAUAACAGGGCAAUCAAAGCUGCUAAUAGCAUUCGAAGUGGAGACUCCAGGGACCCCAAUGACUUGAUUCCAGCUGCUAAUGACAACUUGACCCAGAGUUUGUGGGAAAUAUCUGAAAGCUACUUUAAAUACCCAAUUGUGGAGCAGUACCUGAAGACGAAGAAGAAUUCCAAGUGCUUAAUAAUUAAAUACAUUAUCUGCCGUUUGCUCACACUAGUGAUUAUUUUCCUUGCAUGCCUCUAUYUGGGCUACUACAUCAGUCUCUCCUCUUUGAGUGAUGAGUUUCUCUGCACUAUCAAAACUGGGAUCUUAAAGAAUGACACARCUGUUCCAGAAGUGGUUCAGUGCAAGCUUAUUGCUGUUGGUGUCUUCAAGGUGCUCAGCUAUAUUAACCUGAUAGUCUAUCUGCUGGUGAUGCCCCUGGUUGUGUAUGCAAUGUUUGUUCCAUGGAGGUGGAAUUCAGGUAUUCUCAAAGUGUACGAAAUCCUGCCAACUUUCGAUGUUCUGAAACUUAAGUCAAAGUGCUUUGAUGACUUAAGCCUUUACCUCCUCUUCCUUGAGGAAAACGUGAGUGAACUUAAAUCAUUUAAGUGCCUUAAAGUSCUGGAGAACAUUGCAGUUUCUGAGAAGUUUGAUGUCAUGCAGCUUUUGGUAAACCUUGGUACUAUUAAGACUGAUACCAUAGAUGGGAAGCCAGGGACAGCUGAGCUGGAGAAACCYGAAGAAACAACUACAGAAGAGCUGGAAAAGGAUGGAACAGAGCUACAAGUUUUGACAGACCAUGGUGCAAGUGGCAAUGUGAAUACGAGGGAAGACAAGAGACUUCGCCAGAGACUCAUCGAUUCUUCGUGCUGAUGUUUCCCAGCUGCUGGAGAAGGCUCCUCCUCUGCCUCUGCUGCACUCAGSGCAAGGUGCUGCUCUUUGAAUGCUCUUCGAAUGUUCUCAGUCGCCUGACAGUUCCCCAGAGGCCAGACUGUUUUACAGACUGAWACAACGAUCAGGAGAUGUGCCUGAAAACACUUGUUGUAGACUUUCAUAUU